AUGGGCCGGAAUUCGUCCGCGGCCAAGUCCGGCCAAGUCUUCAAGCUGCAUCGCGCGCUUGGGAACGAAGAUCUAAGCUCGGAGAACCAGGUGCCAUAUGUGUGUUUGCCGGUCGGACAGCACCGGACGAUUGUGUCGGGAAAUAAUCGAGUUCCGGUUUCCGUUGGUCAGGUGGACAAUCGCAAGGUGUUCCUUGAUUUCACCGUUGACAAACGGCCAAUCUCGAUGCGACCGCUGAGGGUUGUGGGUACUGGAACCAGCCAGGCAGUAAGACCAGAACCUGCGGAAAAUCUUUGGUCAUCAACGCCUACUUAGUCCAGCUGCGCAGUGUGUGAGCUUAAGGUUGGACCCGAGGUUGGACAUGUCCUGCGUACUGAGGGCAACACGAU